CAAUAACCAAAGCCAUAUACUAAUUUAUGAGCAAGGCCAGGCAUUAACCACUCUCACAAUGUUGGUCUCCCACGGCAAAUACCUCACGAUACAUGCCUGACGCAUAUGCAAUAACUUAUACGAUUAAGACGUCAUAGUUGUAUUGUUAGGUAUAGAUUUACCAAAGUGAUCCAGUUGAAACAGUAUGUUCGAAGUGCUGACGACCCCACUUGGGUUACCGAACGUUUAACCUAUCCGAAAGCCUUUUACGCGUUACUUCUGCUGUUAUGGUCGUGUUAACGCACAGUUAAGCCUGGAGUUGACGGCGUUGCAAACUACCCAAUUGACACCAACGUGUGUCGCUGUUAAUAGGCAUGUUAAGAUGAUGUGAGCCGUAAAGGGGUAUCCCUGCAGUCAUUUUGACUUGGGAUAGGAUGGGGGAGGAGGUUCCUUUGUCGGCAAUUGACGACUCGCUGCGUCACUUUAAGGCGCUCUCGGAGGCCCUAGACGAGCGGCUUCGCAAGCGAGAGCAGCAGGCGAAAUGGGACACGGAGUUAUUCCGCAAGGCGCCAACGGCGGCGUCACCGUCACCUCCCUACUCGCCCGCAGCGUCAGGAACAGCGGGACUCCCUUUGACGGACGAGGACAGCGCCCUGGACGCGGUCACGGCUGCGCUGUUUGGCGCUCGUGCCAGGCUCCAACAGGUUCAAGCCAUGGCGGACGAUGCACGCUCCGCAGCGGCACAGCAAACACACCCCCAGACGCAGGCCCAGGCCCACGCGCAAGCACAAGCCCAGGCGCAGGCCCAAGCGCCCGACGGCGGACGCGUCCGCUUUCGUUCCAUCAACGAGGAAAGCAGCCCUACGCUCGCCCAGCGUCGCCAUAACGGCGGCGGCACCCGCCCCUCCGUGCUGGUAGGCCCGCAGCCACCCGUGGUGCCGCUGCCGGCACGUGGCUCGCAGCUAAAUAACGCCAACGCUGCCGCCGCCGCCGACUACACCUCCCUCCUGCGCAGCAGCCUGAACAGCCCGGGCGUGACCUCCAGCGGCGCCGACCUAGGCGCCAUGUCACCCUCCUCGGCUUCGCCUAAAGCGCGCCUCUCCUUCACAGCCAUGGGAACCACCUCGCCGCUGGGCGGCCCGGUAGCAGCCGGGUCGUACUCGGGAGGUUGGUCUCCCGCGUCCUCGGGAAUGGCCAUGCAACGCUCCGUUACCACAACCACCACCGGCAGCGCUCCCAACGGCGGUGCCGUACUGGCCGGGCAGGUGCAGUACCGCGCGUUGUUGGCGGCAGCGCAGGCCGCCAGCCGCAACGGCGGCGCCCGCUCGCGGGCUUUCCAUGCAGAAAUGGCGGAGAUAGACGCGGAGAUAGAUGCCUAUGUAGGCAACUACAAGUUCGAGCAGUACGCACCGGAUGCAGCGCUUGCGGUGCAGACGGCCUGGCGGGCCCGCAGGGCGCGUGUGUUCUUCAAUCGAUACAAUGCCGUACGGCGGAAGCACUUGCGGCGGCAGUUGGCGCUAGCGUUCGGGCCGUUGAAGCAGCUGGUGUUGGCGGUGUUGCAUUCGCGGAGACGCAUGCUGCGGCGCGCAUUUGAGGAGUGGCGGGACUGGGUGUGGCUGGGUAACGAGCUGUUCCUGAGGCUCGUCACCAAGCUGCGUGCCUCCAUCGGCAGCAUCAAGGAGCACGCCACGCCGCAGCAGCUCUGGCAGCUCUGCACGGCGCCCGGGGGUGACCCAUGGGCCGCCAAGUUGACGCUGGGCGCGUUGGUCGCCAACGUGCUGCUGCGGCAGAUGCCCACGCGCACGCUGGCGCUGUACCUGGCUGCAUGGCGCCGAGCGGUGGCCAAGCAGGUAGACAAGCGGCAGGCGGCGGGGGAGGUGCUGCGUCGCAUGGAGCGGUCUCGCUUCUGGGAGUAUGUACGGCUGCUGUUCAGGUUCUGGUUCCGCUGGUCCGUCAUCCGCGUGAGCGAGCGGCUGCAGAUCGCGCCGCCCAUUUUCCGGCCGCGCAUCCCCGAGUGGGACGCCUGGCUCUUCAAGCACACGCGCUCACGGGAGCUGCAGUCGCGCAUCGUGCUGCUGCACAAGGGCUUUCGUGUGCGCCACUUUUUCGAGUUCUGGCUCUUCUUCAUCCGCCGCAACAAGCGCAUGCGGCAGGCGUGGUUCAGCACCGCCGCACACCACAUCGAGGCCAUACUGCGCAACUCCAUAAACGCCUUUAAGGCCAACGCAGCUGAGGCGCGACGGCUGCGACGCAUCAAACGCACCGUGUUUGACGGCAUACUCUACAUCACGCGGCGCAACAAGACCGUCCGGCGCAUUGCCAAGGAGGUGCACGAGAUCAGUCGCAAGGCGCGACUGCGGCUGUCCUUACGGCGGCUGCGCGAGUGGUCACGUGCCAACCGGCUGCUCUUCACCGCUGCCAGCAUCCAGAUCCUGGCCCGCCGCGCCUCCUGCCUCAUCCCCGCCUACGCCAUGUUGGAGGACUACGUGCACAUGUGGUUCAUGUGGUGCUGGUGCACGUGGAGGGAUUUUACGCUGGGCAGGUUGCGCAUGCGCUGUCUGCUUGGGCUGCACCUGUCGCGCGCCAACACGGUCUACCUCGAAGUGGCCUUCAAGGCGCUGCGCAAGUGGGCGGAGCUGCAGCGCUCGGAGCGUGCGCGGUACGCGCUGCAGCAAAUGCGGGUACCCCCCGAGCACCUGCUGAACUGGGGGCCCGGAGCCGGCGGCGGCGGCCGCAACGGGCCCGCUGGCGGCGGCGGCGGCGGUGCCGGCGGCGGGGAGGGUGCUGGCGAGGGCGGUGGUGAUGGGGCUGGCGGCGACGCCGCGGCGGCUGUGGAGGACAGCGGCGACAUCUUCGCCACGGACGUCAGCGCGGAGGAUUCCGGCCAGGAGCAACCGCAGCGGGAGCCAUCCCAGGAGCAGCCACAGCAGCCGCAGCAGCCCCAGCAGCAGCACGGAAAGCAGCAUGAUAGGCACCAUUUGCAUCACCCCCGGCGGACGGCGCAGCAGGGGCCGCAGGCGGAGCACUCGGGUGGCAGCCCUCGCCCCGGCGCCGGCGGCGUUAGCGCGGAGGCAAGCGCUGCGGGCGUGACGGGCACGGAGGAGGACGAGCAGGGCGAUUACGAGCUGUUUGUGUCGCUAGCGGAUUACCCGUUGCCGCCAGGAGGGAGCUGGAGGUCGCCAUUGGAUAAGCAUGAGAUCAUGCGGCGUGCGGCUGUGAUUCAGGCAGCUGAGGCGUCGCCGCCGCCGGCGGUUGUCCCACCGCCACGCAUCAGCUACGCGGGUACCAUUGGCUUGGCCGGCGGCGUCAGCGGCGGCGCGGUCGGUGCCGGCGGCGGCGGGGUGUCCGGCCUGCAACUGGGAUCGCCGGGGGACGCAGCGGCAACGGGAAUAAGUCUGGGCAAGAUGCAGGAGAUGCUGCAGCAGCUAGUGGAGCUGGACGGUCCUUUCCACCUGGAGCCCGGCGAGCGGCAUGUGCUGCUGAGUGUCGUACGGCACCGCGAGGUCAGCGGCACGCAGCGCUCCUGGGUGGAUGUGGAGCACUCGGUGUCUGAGAUCUUUCUGUCGCAAGGUCGCCGCGAUCCCGGGCUGUGGCAGCGUCUGGUGGGCCUCCUGGUGUGCGGCGUGCCCCACCCCGACCACCCGGGGGCCCACUUGGUGGACCAGGGCCGGCUGCCGCUGGCUCGGCAGGCAGCAGGCAUCCGCCGCAUCAUGCACCUGGCGCGACAAAACCUGCGGAUAGAGCCCGCUGCCGCUGCAGGCGCCAGCGGCGCUGGUGCUGGCACUGGCACCGGCGGCGGCUCAGCCCCUAACAGCUCGUCUAGCGUGGUCAUACCGGCUGCGCCGCUGUCGCCCAGCCGUCGACGCGGCAUCAUCUUGGGGGAGGAGCAGGAGGAGACGAUGCUGCUGCACCGGCUGUGUGAGGCGGAGGACUACCUGGACACCUGCCUGCAUGUACUGCUGGGGAUCGGGGGUGGCGAAACCAUGCUGCUGCGUCGCGCCAUGGGCAGCCGUGUGCCUAGAGGCACGCUGCUAGGCGACGCGCUGGUCACGCUGUUCCAGCCUGCGCUUCGCUGCGACCUGCUAACAGCUGCAGCGGAGCUAAGGCACCGAACCAACCGCGACCGAGUGAUUACCUUGGGCGUGGACUUGGCGGAUAAGGCCCGCACCUACGCUGCCCACCGGCCGGAGUUCACGCUGACGAAGCAUGAUCCACGAGGAGGCAACGCCGGCGCGAACAACACCGCCGCUGCGCGAGCGGCGGCGGCCGCAGCGGCGAUUGCGGCCCGGUUGACGGGCGGCCCCGCAGCCGCCGCAGCAGGGGCAUCGUUGGAGCAUGGCGUUGCGCCGCUAGUGCAAGCAGCGCUUGCACCCACGCCAUCUCACCAACCCCCCAGCAGCAGCAUCGCCAGCAGGAUAGCUGCGCUUGAUGACGAUGAAGACAUGGAUGCGCUCCGAGCGCGGCGCCGUGCGGCGGCACAGGCUCAAGCGGAGGCGGCUGCGGUGGCUGCAAAGGCCGCCGCAGCAAGCGGCAGCCCCUCGCCAGCUUCGCCAGCCCCAGCGGAGACGCCAUCCCUGCUGGCGUCUCGCAGCCCCAGCCCCUCGCGCAGAUGGAAGACCCUCAGCCUCAGCAAGAGUGCGGUGAUCCGAAUGGAGAUGCUGACGGGACGACCGAUUGUUCCAACGGCUGCCUCACCGCCCUCCACCGGCAACAAAAGCACCCUGUCUUCGCCGCUGCAUGAGCCUCCGCCCACAGCACGCGCCAGCGGCAGCGGCGUGGCGCCGACCCCAAAGCGCGGCGGCUUUGCCUCCCUCGCCAGCCGCAUCAUGCGUUCUCCAACUACCACCAGCCCCACUCGCGGUGGCCGUGCGAUAGCGUUCAUGGAGUCGGGCAUGGUAAGCCCCGUCUCAGGCUCAGCUACCCCCGACGGGCAUCGCGCGCCGUCUCGUGCGGGCGCCUCGCCUAGCCGUCGGGGCUCCCUUCGCAGCAUGACGUCCUUCGCCUCAAAUGUCUGGGCGCGCGUCAGUGCCUCGCAAUCUAGUCGUACGACCCUCGCGGACGGCGGCAGCUUCUCCUUCAUCAAUGGCCACGUCGGCGGCGGCGAUGCAGCUACGGCACUGAGUGAUGUUUCGGAUCCAGAGGGGCGGCCGAUUACGCCGCAGGAGAAGAAGCAGCCAACGCUGGUCAAAAACUUCCUGCACCUGACGCCACCGGGGUUCCUCUCGGCGGGCAAGGUUCUUAACCCAGCGAACUUCCCGUGGCCACGCGAGGUUCCCUCCCAGGACCAGGUCCAAAUGAAGUCCGACUUCAUAUUGCGUGCCACCUUGCCUAAUCUGGCAGCCAUGCCGCAGCUGCCGGACAUCGUGUUCGGGCCGCUGGGCGACCCUCCUGGGUCGCAGAUGGGACUGGAGCCGUGGAAUGCUGGGCCAUGGGCUGGCAUGGGAGGCGAUGGCACUCAGGAUGCCUCUCCGGAGCAUUCGCUCAGGUCGCAUCCAUCCGACGCCUCUCUCCGCGGCGCCGGCGCUAUUGCUGAGGGCGGGGCGGCCGGCGCCGGCGGCUCCCCAGCUGGCGGCGACGCAGCAGGCGACCAAGGCGCCAGUGCCUUCGCGAGCGUCGGCGGCCAGGCAGCUGCCCUCGCCGCCGCAGCAGGCAGCACUGCCGUGGCUCACAGCCUCAGCGGCGGCCCUGCUGACAAGGCGCUUGAGCUUCAGAACCCGCCACAGCGACUCAGCAUGCGCAGCACGGUUUCCUUCUCCGGUCGGGCGUUUCAGUUACGCGGCGCGACGUCCAUCUCCGGACGUGGCCUGUCGAACGAUAACUCCUCCCUGCCUAGCCCCAGCCCGCCAAAGAAGCAACCCUCGAUGCUGGGACGGCGAUCCUUGUACGGACCUACCGCCAGCAGCGGUGCCAACAGCGGCAUGGAUCGUGAGGCGUUGGCGGCAGCGGUGGCGGUACGGAAGGAGCGCCGUACGCAGGCGUUAUUGCACCACCUGCUGGGUUACGACGUUCUGUUUGACGGUGUCGUUCAUAGCGGCACUGUGGGCGUGGACCCUUCUCAACACCUGCCGGGGCUCCUAGAAGGGGACGAGGACAUGGAUGAUGAGGAUGAGGACGAAGAUGAGGGGGAAGAUGGGCUGAGCUUGGGCGACGGUGACGAGGAGGAGGAGUCGCGCAGUCGGCGGAACGUGGCGGCGGAGCUCCUGGGCUUUGCGAUCAGUGAGGAGCGGCAUAAGAAGAAGGUACAGAAGGCCGGCCCACGGGUCAUUGGCCGUGCGGCGUCGGGUGGGCUGGCGCGCGUGUUUGGCAUGUUUGGCGUGGGGCGCAGCAGCAUUGACGGCGAGAUCGGUAGCGAUCUGGACACGCCGUCCUUCCGCAUGUCGCCACAGUCUGGCGAGGGCGGCACCUUUGGCAGCGCCACGGAUGACGACGACGACGAUGAGGACGACGCCACGGGCUCCUCCAUGCCCACGCCGCCAGACCGGGCCGGCGGACGGAACAGCAGCAGCAGCAUGAUCAGCAACCGCAGCAGCCUGGGCAGCCGCAGCAGUCGGCGGCCGCCGUUCAAGGUAACGGCGCAGCAGCUGAAUAUUUUCAUGGGCGGGCACCUGCGGCGCGGCACGGGCGCCCUCCGAACGCUGCCCUUGCGGCCUAGGAGGUUCAGCGGCGCGGGGUUUCGAGGGCUGCAGUUGACGGCUGACGGGAUAUGGGUGACACCGUACGGCAUUCAAGUCAUUCGGGAGGUUCCCGAGGACGAAGCAGAGGAAGAAGAGGAGGGUGGCAAGGACGGCACAACGGCGACGGCAGCAGCAACAGCCGGCGGCAACGGUGGUAGCGCUUCAGCGGACGCGGCGGGCACCGCCGCCCAGUCCGAGGCCUCGACGGGGAUUGUCCGCCGGACCAAGACCGUGGUGGUUCGCGAGAUCGUACAGACGGUGCCGUUUGAGGAGCAGUACGACUUCCACAAGUCCUUAUGGCUUCCUCCGGAACGCCGUACAAACAUGUUGGACGGGUACGACCUAGCGGCGGAGCUCAAGGCGGGAACCGCCGGUGAGCUGCUGCCAGCGCACCUCCGACGCUACAUGACGCCGCCGAUCGAGUCGCCGUUCCUAACGGAGCUCGAGCACGAACUCGCGCGCACCCGCGCGCAGGCGCGACGUAAAUCCAACGUCAGUACGGCAGAGCGUCAGCGCGCCUGGUCUCGGCUGUCGCGCGGCGCCAGCGUCAUUUCCCGCGGCAGCUACGGCGGCAGCAGUGGCGGCGUACGACCGCUCUCCGACGGCUCCGGCGCGGGUCCCUCAUCCCCCAGCCGCCGUCACCGCCGGUCCUCCACCUCACCUCCUUCCCGGUACGGUCGCAACCGCUACCCUAUCGCGGACUCUGCAUUCCUGUCCGACAGCGACGACGACGGCGCCGCCAGCAAGGUCGAAGAAGCCCCGGCGCCUUACAUGGAUGACCUGUUUGAUGACGACUACGUACACAUUUCAGCGGCGGCGGCCGCGGCUCGCCGAGCCUCCGACGGCGUCGCCCACGGGUUGCCUGCAUGGACCAACAGCAAGUCCCUGCGUACCCUGGCGCUGGAGGCAGCGGCCGAGGGCCAUACGUACGGCCUGGAUGCCACGCAGCUGCCCAACGCGGAGGAGAUUUCGGCGCUGUUGAGCGGCAUGUUCUGGGGAGGUGGGUCGCUGCGGUCGUCGCCGCGAGCACGCCGUGUGCGCGCACGCAGCCGGCCGCGCAAGCGCGGCAACCUGCGGACUGGAGAACAACAGCUGGUGGAUCCGUUGUUGCAGAUGCCGCUGCCGCCACCACCGCCGCCGCCGCUGGCGCGACGGCGGGGGCCGGAGGGUGCCGGAGGUGCAUCGGAAGAGGGCGGCUACGGUGGCUUUGGGGUGGGUGUGGAGGAGGAGCAGGAGUUGCAGCAGCUGCGGCAGCAUUCGCUGCUGCAGCCGCGGCCGCAGGGACCGGACCAGCCGCCGGCGUGGAUGCAUGAGGAUGAGACGCGCAAGGAAAGCAAGCGGGGACGGGAAGGGGCGCCUGCGCGGGCCCAAGCUGCGAACGACGGGGUGCAGCUUCAGCCUCAACUCCAGCAGCAGCAGCAGCAGCAGGACGCGGAGGCCGCUCCGUUGUUGCAGCUAUCGGCUGUGUCGCUGACGACUGGGGAACAACAGUCUUCAGCUCAGUCGUCGUUGCAAGAACCCCAGCCCCAGCCCCAGCAGCCACCUCAGCUCCAAGUGGCCCUGCAGGUUGAGGCAGGAGGAGCAGCGGCGGGUGAAGGAGCGGAGGCGGGUGUGGAGCAGGAGGCGUCCUUGUCUUCAGCAGUGCAGGCAGAGGGUGCGGAAGGUGGCGGCCAGGGGCCCUCGGCGGCGGCGGUGGGUGUGGAGGCUGUGAAUGUGGGUGACGCUGCGGGUGUGUUGGUGGAGGCGGAGAAGCGGGAUUUGCUGCAGAUGCCGUCCGCAGAACGGGAAACGGGGGCUGCUGUUGCUGCGGCGGCGGCGGCUGCUGCUGCAGAGGCAGGUGCUGAUGCAACAGGGUUCGGCAUGGUAGACGCGGAGGCGGAGGUGCAUGCGGCCGUGGAUGCGGAUGAAAUGGCAGAUGCAGCGGAGGCGGAUGCAGCAACAGCAGCCGCGCGUGAACCGUCGUUGGACGUGACAGUGGCAGAGGAAGGCUCCCUGGAGGUAACGGAGGCGGCGGAUGGCGCGCAUCAAGCGGGGCAGCUUCAGGCUCCUGACGCACAGACCUCCAGCCCGCCCGCUUCUGAGGCCGCCGACACGUCCGUUGCCAUCGCAGCCACAUCCUCGGACCCCUUCGACCUACCCGCGUUUGAAACCUCCCUCGUUUCAGUGCCCUCCACCGAUGCCCCUGAUCUCGCGCUAGCAGCAGCAACAGCGUCACCCCAAAGAGUAGCUCCUCCUUCCCUCAACGACGCCAGCACCAACUCCCCUGCUGCCGUCACCGUCGCCGCCACGGUUGCCAUCGCCAUGCCGCCAGAUGCCGUAGCCACGGCUGGGGACACCCAUGCAGGGCUACCCCCCACGCCAACCCUCGCGCCGACGAGCAACUGGGCUUCUAGCAUCGCGGCGACAUCAGCACCUGGAGCCGCAGGCUCCCUUCCCGCCGCCGGGCCGAAUGACGUCAGCGCUGCGGCAGGCGCGUACGGCAGCUGCCCCUAUGAUGACGAGGACGACGAGGUGCAAUCGGAGCCCUCGGUAUCGCCCUCGGAGUGCAGUGAUGGCGGAGGCUUGCGAGCGGAGGCGACGCUGGGCAGCCUGGGCGGCAGGUCAGCUGGAGGGAGCUACGAGCAGCAGCGGGAGCAGCAGGAGCUGGAGCUGCUGCGGGACGAGGGUGUUCGGCGGCAGCUGGAGCUACUCCGUGCCAUGUGGACGUCAGACCCCUACUCCGCGAGGCCCGGCGUCGACCCCAUACUCCGCACGUCAGCGCACGUAACGCAACAGAAUAUGGCCGCUGCCGCGGCCAUAGCGGCGGCAGCAGCGGCGGCGCCGCCUCCGGCAGCCCACGGUACCGACGCCGCCGUGGCGCAUGAGCCCGUUCGCAUCGGCGCGGGGCUUGCCCGGGCCUUGGCGGAGGCGGAGGCCGAGCAAUGGAGUCUGUACGACAGAGCUGUGGAGCAUGUGGCUCGGGAGUUUGCUCGCGCCAUGCAACAGCAGGUGCACGGCGACGACGACGUCAGCGGCGGCGGCGCCGACCAAGGCCGUCACGGAGAUGCCGCCGCCGCCGCUUCCGGGCCGGGUGCAUCGCCGUCGAUGCAUCGGCGUUUCUUGUCCGCGGGGCGUCACAGCUAUCAUUGGCAUGUGUCAAUGUCAGGGGCAGCAGCUGCGGGGCACCACCCACACCAUUCGCAUGUACACUUGCAGCCACACCAGCACAGGCCGACGGCAACACCGUUGACCGGGCAUGCCAAUCGCGGCCUGCUAGACGCUUUGGAAGAGGCGCUCGCUGUGUCGUUAGAUCCCACCGCCUUGACAGGUCUUUCCCUGGAGGAGUACGACUACUACCUGGGCCAGCUGGUACGGCGGCUGGUGGUCGCGCCCGCGGCAUCCAAGUACAUGUUCUGGAAGAAGGUGCAGACGGUGCAACAGCUGCGGCAAAAGCUCCUAGAAGACAGGGCCAUGGCAGACCAGCUACGAGGCAUCGCAUGGAACAGCGCCUUCAACGCCCGCUCCAUGAUCCCCACGGGCACAGACCCCGUCAGCGGCCGCGUGGGACCCUUUGCGCGCGAGCAGGUCACACACGCCGAGGCCAAGCGCCGGAAGCGCGAGGCGGAGCGGCGUAAGGCCCAUCGGGCGCUGUUGCGUAUACAGCGAGGUGGUCCGUCCUCGGCGACGGCGAGGGGGGCCGCGACAGCUCCAGCAGGCGAGGUGCAGCAGCAAGGCGGCAAGGGCGCGGCGGCAGGCCAGCCGGAGCAGCAGCAGCAGCAGCCGUCUGGGGAGCUGAGAGAGGAGCUGUCCUUAGCGCCCAGGUUGUCAGGGCCUGCUGGGGAGAUCAGCGACGGCAGCCUGGCUCAGCUGCGGCGGUCACAGCAGCAGCAGGCGGCGCGGCGCGGCGCCGGCGGAGGUGCAGGUGGGGGACUGGUUGGCAGGCGGGCGGCAUGGGAGCCGCUCAUUUCUCCUACCUCGGACCCCACAGUAGAUGGAGGGGCGGCUGCGGCCGGCGGCAUGCAGCAAGAGCCCUCCUCCGUGCCCUCUCAGGCGCAGCUGCUGCUGCAGCAGCUGCCGCCGCCGCAGCAACCGCAUGCGGUGGAGGAGCAGAUCGUACGACCCGCCAUGCUGCAAACCAAGCAUUCCGGCGUGCCGGUAAAAGCAUCCGCUCGAGAGGUACGCCCCAAGAAGCUUCAGAUCCGACACCGACGACGCCCGCCCAUCGUCACCGCUGCUGCCGUGGAGGCCUACAAGGCCUUCCGUGACAUGCUCGCUUCAGAGCACCCCAACGCAUCAGACAAGCUGGCGGAUGUGCACCUGCAGGCCUACCCCUCUCGAACCGCCUCCACCGCGUCUGGACCGGGUUUCAGUCGCUUUGCCGGGCGCGGCGUGGGCGCCAGGAUCCGAGGGGACAUCCAGGUGCCUGAGGACCGAAACACGAAGUCGGAAGAACGCGCACGUGCGGUUUGGGAGGCGGCGGUGCGGGUGGCGACGUCACGUGAGCGGGAAAAGGAAUCCAGGUCACUGCAGUCAGCGGGGCUGGGAGGAACGAGCAUGAAGGAGCCGCGCGGCCUGGUGGGAACGACCCCUGGGUCGGCGACGCUGAUGACGCCAAGCUCGUUAGGAGGCGGCGGAUUCAUGAGUCCCAUGUCAUCGUCCAUUCCGCGUACGGGGCCCCUGACGGCUCUGCAAGCGCUGCUAGCGCAGCAGGCGGGCUCGCCGCAGCUGCGGCAGAUGUCUGCAUCGCCUCAGCUGCAGCCGCCGGGAUCGGCAGCGGCGUCGAGCUCCGGCGUGCCUGCCCGAGCGAGCGCAGCAGGCUCCCGCUUGGCGGCGGAUGCAGCGGGCUUGGAGGCACCGACAACGGAGGCGGCGGCAGCAGAUGCGGCCGCAGCUGCAGCUGCGUCAGCGCCGGGGGGUAAGCCGCGGCGGCAGCCUGUUCCGCAGUACAUGCACUCCACUGCGUCAACAGCCGCACGUGCAGCAGGCAUUGCCGCGGCUGCUCGCGCGGCUGGGUUAAAUCCUCGAGGCGUCGCUGGUGGCGCCGCCGCCGCCGCCGCAGCAGCCGCAGCCGGCGGCUGGUUCCUCACAGAGUCCCCGGCGGAUUUUGCAGCCGCUGCUGCGGCAGCUGCUCGGCGUGACACCAGCUUGCCGUCCGAUCAGGAGAACGCGGGGGCUAGCGGCGGCGACGACAUUGGCUACGGCAUGGGCCUUGUUUCCGACGCGUCUGAGGACGUCGACGAUGCAGCCCAGCCUGAAUUACCGCCUGGCAGUGAAGCCGCCGCACGGUUGGAAGAGCGCCGGCGCCGACGUCAGCAGCAGCAGCGGCCUCGUCUGACGGCCGGGAAGCUUCAGAUUGCGCUGGCGCGACGUGCGGCACUGCGCGCGGAGCUUGAAGCGCGCGGAGAGCUGCUGGAGCUCGAUGAGAUGGAUGUGGAUGAGCUUGAAGAGGAGGCGGAAAUGGUUGACCGGUUGGUUGAGGCCAGCAUCCGAGUGUACGGUGCCGUACUCGCGCAACGGCAGGCGGUGCACGACGGCGCGUUCGUACCUGGCGGUUCGGCCAUCGUCAUGCCUGGCGAGGGGUUGGUCAUGCCAGGCCGUGGCCGCGCGUUAGGCUGGGUGCAGCCGGGGCCUCAUGCGUUGGGUCGUACGGAUGCCAUGGUUCUCAUACCCGAGGACCCAUGGGUCACGCCGGUGUCGGGCACGCUGUUGCCCUCGCCGCGGCGGAUGCCGCCGCCGCCGGCACCUGCUCCAGCGAUGCUGGUGGCACCGACGGCUGCCGGCAGGGGGGCCGCGGCGGCCAACCGUCUCGCAAGCGGCCGCAGCGCCCUCAUGCGCGGGGAGCUCCUGCCAGUCGGCAUGGCGCGUACGGAUGCGGAGAUGCACCUUCCCACUCCCGGCGGACAGCUCAAACCCGUGGGGCUGCCAGUAUCCGCGCCUUUGGCGCCUCUUGCUGGCCCCAAACCCUCGCAUGCAGCGGUGCUACAGCCCGGCAACGUGCGCUUCCCGGGUCCUGCCGGAACGAACACAGGCAGCAGCAGCAUCCAUCAUGCCAGUAGUGGCGCCGGCCCCCUGCGCAGCUCAGUACCCGGUCACCUGCAUGGCGUGGCGCACCCGCUUCAGCCGCUGGUUGUAUCCGGCGCCGGCAGCGGCAUGGGCGCACCCGAGGACCUGCGAAUCGUGGGCAGCUCCUCCGCCUCGCGCCUGCCGCCGCCGCCGCCGCUGCCGGGCCGCCAGCUGCCGCCAGUGGACCUGUCCGCACACCUGGGCCACCACCCCACGUCGCCGCUCCUGCGCCCAGGCUCCUCAACCCCAUCCUCACAAUGCGCGACACCCACGACGCCCAUGUCGUCUCUAGGCAACCCGGAGACCUCCACGCCGCCGCUGCCGCCAACAGCAGCGGCCUCACAGCCGCCGUCGAGGGCUCGCCUGGACCCGCUUCCCAACCCGCCUCGACCCCGCUCCGCUGAAGCGCCGUCGCCGCUGGUGCCGCCGAGGGCCAAGCCCUCCUCCGCCGGCGCCGCCGUCAGCGGCAGCGCAGCUAGCAGCAACAACCCCUCUAGGGGCAACUCGCCACAGCCGCCGCUGGGACCGCCCCACAGCGGCAUGCCCCCCUCCUCAGCACCGCAAAUGGAGUGGGUUCGUUCGCCAAACGGCAUCUCGGGUCUGCCUGGAAUAGGUGGCUUCAUCGGCGCAACGGCAGCGCCGGGCUCCGCACCCACCGCGGGUACGGGUUUGGGCCUGACGGGGACAAUGGGGUACUCGCCGCCCUACCCUUUGCAAUCGUUGCCGGCGUCGCGUCAGGGACUGCCAGCCAGCUUUCGAAUGGGCAGCGGUCGGGGGGGCGGGCGGGCUGCCUCUGGGUCGCCUAGCAGGCUGAGGUCGAUGGGGACUGCUAGCGCGGAGGGAAAGGAGGUUUGAUGAGGGGGCAGGGGCUGCUGGGGGGCGGACUGACAUGCAGGAGGGGUGCUGUGAGGUGGUUGGGAGGCGGCUGUGUGAAGAGCUUCAGAGGCUGUGGACGUGUGGACGUGCAUGACGUGUCGUGUUGCUGUGUGACGAGAUUGGCGGGAUGAUGACCUGACAAGCUGACAUGGUCGGGCAGGUAGGAUACGAUACAUUGCAGCCGGGAUGUGGUUGUCCCGUGCUACCGACGACUAGUUGUUGGAACACAAGGGGGUAUAUGGGGCGUGUGCCGUGGGUUUCCAGCUGCCCUUGGAGGGGUGCAAGGUGGGCUGUGCAUGUGUGACUUGCAGCUGCAAGCAUGGUGGUGUACGACUAGGUUCGGUGUAGAGAUAGUACGGCAGUUAGCCAUGGAGGUGUCUUUCCAGAAAGCAGGCAUGCUAGGUCUAUGUAGAUAGGGUGUCAGGACUUCAAAGGAGGACUACCGGUAUAUACGGAUCCCCCGUUCACUCGGGGCUCUUCAAGGGGCGCAUAGUUUGCUGCGGUAGAGCAUCCUAACGCUACAUACUUGGGGUGAUAGUUGCAGGACGGUCGGUGCAUCGCAGUGUCAUGGACAGCGGUUUCCAGCUCCCUCUGCAGAAGCCUGUGUUACAGGCAGAGACCAUUUCCCGAUUCUCCCCUGUCCCCGUCCAGAUUGUACGGACUCUAUGCACAUUGACCAUGCCCGGCGCGUUGGCGGGUAGUAACCCGCGUGCGGGUUUUGAGCAAGGUCAUGGCUGCAGGGGGCUGUACAGAAACGGCCCGGCAGAGAACUCAUACAUGGUGUAUAAGGCCCGAGUUAGGGCUUGGUCGCUACCAGCCUCGCAGCAUUGGCCCAGUUCUUCGGGACCAUCGGGAGUUUCCCUCCCAGCGUGUGCGUAACUUGGCACGUAGGCUAAGGUACCUUGCCGAGUGUUUUCAGUCACAGUAAUCGCUCCUUACGCCGCGAUGCAUGGAGGCGCAUGAGAUUGAUAACAUGAAAUAUAUGGAACGGCAUACCCACACCUCAGCGAACACACGGCUCUCGUACUGAUGGCUGCUGAGACGUGGAGGGGCCGUAUAAGGCCGUGUGAGGCUGGAAGGGACCUAAUCGGGCAACGUACUUCGCACUCAUAGCUAGGCAGCAUGCUGUGCCUUGUAAGGUACAUACAAGUAAGCCAAGUUGCAGCUCUCUAGGGCUGCUGCGGGUGCUGCCUCGACGGCAGUCAGGUCAACGUGAUGCUAUACGCGUGAGCGUAAGGAGGUUACGGCGGUUACGCUUGGGGGGUGGGAACCGGCGCGAGCACGCCUGCUGAGCCAGAUUCCACAGCGCAACGUUGAGCCGUUUAGCAACAAAUGUGUUGGGGCUUUGGUACGGUCUCGAGCGGAGCGGUUUGUGUACUGUUUUGCUUUCCCAACUGUCGCUCGUAUAUCGCCUGCUUUUCGCGGCCCGUGGGUCAAAAUGCAGGCCACGAAAGCCACCGCUGAUGUCACUUAGGUGUCCAAUAUAUACUACAGCUGCUAUUGAGGAUAUACUACAGCAUCUACCGGACAAAAAUGCGGCCUUGCGGAGGCCACCAGUCGCCGGUUGGCCGCAUCAGUUGUACUUAGUAUAAAUGAGCCGUUAAUGUGGAGAAGGUGUGAAAAGGAG